AUGACCACCCCCACCCCCAUCCCCUCAACCCUGCACAAACAACUUCUCCACUCUCUCUCGACCUCGCAUCUCCCCCUCCCAAGCCCCACCUUCCUACACUCCAUCCUCACCCCCUCCACCACGCACCUCUCCUCACUCCCCUCCCUCCCCUCCCUCCUCGCCACAACCCGUCACCGUCUCCUCUCCACCUCCCUCACAACCCCCAACUUCCUCUCUCCAGAAACCCAUUCCCUCCCCCCCUCCCUCUCUUCCCCCCUCAUAAAAGAAUCCCUCCUCGAAAACGACAUCCCCGUCCAAGUCCUCGACAUCGAAGACCUCAGCCGCUCGAAAAGCGAUCUCCUGCUCGAUCUAGAAGCCGAGCGACUCGGCGAACGCACACAAGGCCGCUCAAUCAUUCGCGUUGCAGACGAAUCUUCCUCCUCUUCCUCAGCGCUCGAUCUCGGAUCGUCAGCAUCGACGCAACAUCCUCAUCAAAAUCAAACCCAAAAUCAGCAUAAAUCAAACCCAUCCCACUCCCCCGGCCCUUUCAAACUCCACCUUCAAGACCUUACCGGCGCAACUAUCUACGCAUUCACGAGUGCUCUCCCGACUUCUUCUCCUCUGCAGGACAAAAUAGGAUUUCCUCCGAAAAUGAAUAUUGGCUGUAAGAUACUGUUGCAGCGGGGAACAAGAGUACAUAGGGGGAUGGUGAGGUUAGAGGCGCAUACGUGUAUUGUGCUUGGGGGACGGGUGGAGGGAUUGGAUCGGGCGUGGAGAGAGGGAUGGGAGGGGAGACUGAGGGAGAGUAUUGAGAAGGGGAGGGGUGGGGGAUGA